CGGCUGGGGAUGGAGCGGGGCGGCGUGCGCCCCCGGCCCUCCCUGGCUGCACGAAGCAGGCGCGGGUGCUCGGGGCGGGCGCCGCCCGGGAGGCGGGAGCGGGAGUCGGGCGGUUCGUUUGCGGGGUGGGGAAGGAUCUGGAGCCCCGCGUCGGGCAGAGCGACCUCGGGCCCCGGGGGGCGACGCACCGGCUUCAAGGGGCAUAUCCCGUCCGGGAGGCGGAGGGCGUCGCACUGAUGGUGUCCCUCGUCUCGAACCCGGGAGGAGCCGGGCGGGGGGCGUCUUGGGGCAAACGCCGGGAGCCGCGGGCCGGCGGGAGGGGGCGGCGGCCACCACACAAGAGGCUCCUCCCAUGGUGACCACACUGGCUGCUUUCGUUUCCUCUCGUGACAGGUGCUCGGUUGGUCUGUCCUGUCACAGCGAGGUAUGAGUCGUCCUCGCGAGAAUUGUCUACAGGCAGAGCAAGGCCGAGGGUUGACGUUCGGGGCUUCUCAAGAACCAGUGCCCUAAGGACUUUCGUUGUGUAUGAGGUCCGGAAGAACAGGGACUCUGGGGCCCGACUGCUCCCUCUUCCCUGAGCUCAUCGCCCAGGCUGUGACCUUGGCCGGGCAAGAUUUAGGGCUUAGUUUUCUAAUCUGUUUCUGGGGGGAUGACUGGGAAGCAGUUUUGAGGAUGAGAUGUUUGGCCCGCUGAGAGUCCACUGGCUGUUACUGCUGCUGAAGUCAGUAACAGAGCUGAUAUCCAGGUGGCUUCCUGCCUGGCCCGGCGCCAUGCACACGCUUGUGUUCCUGAGCACGCGGCAGGUGCUCCAGUGUCAGCCAGCUGCCUGCCAGGCCCUACCCCUGCUGCCUCGAGAGCUCUUCCCCCUGCUGUUCAAGGUGGCCUUCAUGGACAAGAAGACUGUUGUGCUUCGCGAGCUGGUGCACACAUGGCCCUUCCCGCUGCUCAGCUUCCAGCAGCUGCUGCAGGAAUGUGCUCACUGCAGCCGGGCCUUGCUGCAAGAGCGCCCCAGCACAGAGAGCAUGCAGGCUGUGAUCCUGGGGCUGACAGCCCGGCUCCACACCCCAGAGACCGAGGCUGGCACACAGCCUCUCUGCAGGAAGCAUGCCCUGCGGGUGCUGGACAUGACGGGCCUACUGGAUGACGGCGUGGAGCAGGACCCUGGCACCAUGAGCAUGUGGGACUGCACAGCAGCUGUGGCCCGCACCUGCAUAGCACAGCAGCAGGGCGGGACUGCGGAUCCUGGGCCAGCCCCCAUUCCUGUGGAGGUUCGUGUGGACCUGCGGGUGAACCGGGCCUCUUACUCGUUCCUGCGGGAGGCACUCCGGAGCAGUGUGGGCAGUCCCCUGCGGCUCUGCUGCCGGGACCUGCGGGCUGAGGACCUGCCCAUGCGCAACACUGUGGCUUUGCUGCAGCUGCUGGACGCGGGCUGCCUGCGCCGUGUGGACCUGCGCUUUAACAACUUGGGCCUGCGUGGCCUGUCUGUUAUCAUCCCACAUGUGGCCCGAUUCCAGCACCUGGCCAGCCUGCGGCUGCACUAUGUGCAUGGGGACUCGAGGCAGCCCUCUGUGGAUGGCGAGGACAACUUUCGCUACUUCCUGGCCCAGAUGGGCCGCUUCACUUGUCUGCGGGAGCUCAGCAUGGGCUCCUCUCUUCUCUCGGGGCGGCUGGACCAGCUGCUCAGCACCCUGCAGAGUCCCUUGGAGAGCCUGGAGCUGGCCUUCUGUGCCCUGCUGCCCGAGGAUCUGCGCUUCCUGGCACGGAGCCCCCAUGCUGUCCACCUCAAGAAGUUGGACCUUAGUGGCAACGACCUGUCCGGCAGCCAGCUGGAGCCUUUCCAGGGUCUGCUGCAGGCAGCAGCAGCCACACUGCUACACCUCGAGCUGACUGAGUGCCAGCUUGCUGAUACCCAGCUGCUGGCCACGCUCCCUGUGUUGACGCGCUGUACCAGCCUCCGCUACCUCGGUCUCUAUGGCAACCCACUGUCCAUGGCGGGCCUCAAGGAGCUCCUACGGGAUUCGGUAGUGCAGGCUGAGCUACGCACGGUGGUGCACCCCUUCCCUGUGGACUGCUAUGAGGGUUUGCCCUGGCCACCGCCUGCCUCUGUCCUGCUGGAAGCUUCCAUCAAUGAGGAGAAGUUUGCUCGUGUGGAGGCGGAGUUGCAUCAGCUGCUACUGGCCUCAGGUCGUGCUCAUGUGCUCUGGACCACUGACAUUUAUGGGCGCCUGGCCGCAGACUACUUCAGCCUAUGACCUCUAGGCUGUCCUGGUGUUCAGGGCUGCUGGAGACCCCUCCCUGCCUUAGGUAGACAGAGCCUUUGCUGAGACCCUGUUGGAGGCCUGACACGGAGUCACUGGUCUCUGGUUUCCUUGCUCUUGGGCUCUCGCAGCCUUCCGAUGCUUGGUGGAGCACCUUGCGAGGUUUUGCCCUGUACCUGUUCCCCUGACUGGCUGACUGUGGGCCUAAGGGCUGGAUUCCAGGCCUGUUAAGGCCAGGCUUGGUUUGGGUGCACUUGGCUGCCCUCUGGUGUCCUGGUCCUCUCUUUGGAAUGUUUCUGGGGUCCCAGCUGUGAGCUGAGAGAGGGUGUUCUGUCUGGGCCCUUCCCAAGAACAGACUGCUCUGGGGUUGAAGCUGGAACAGGGACCUGCUUCAAGGUGGGUUGGGUCCCCACGCACUGGAGCCUUUCAUGGUUCUCUCUGCCCUGGCACCCGGGAGACAACCUGGCUGGGCUUUGGAGCCAGCGGGUGUCAUUAAGGUACAAAUGUGCAGUGUGUUUGGAACUUAAA